CAAAUUUAAAUUUUAGGUUUACAAAUUGACAUCUCCUUUGAAGAUGGUCUAAGGCUAGCACAAGAGAUGCAAUCUUAUGAUUUAAGGUGUGGUCCGUUCAACAUGAAAGACCCAACUCAACCGCCUAGCGCUUAAGCAAGGCUUUUUAGAACACUGUUAAAAAAAAAAAAAUUAACCAACAACAGCCACAUGAUUUACAUAAUAUAAUCUAAAAAAUGAUCGUUCUACCAUUUUCCUCUCUAAUAUAAGCGUAUACAAACAUAAUUAUUUUUUACAAAAAACAUUUUCAAACUAGCUCUUUAUGGUAAUUCAUUGAAGAGAAUGGAAUUUAAACCACCACUCACAAUGCAUGUACCAAUGCAAGAAUGGGAAUACUAAAGAGCAAAGCGGAAUUCAUUUCCUAGCAUGUGCUUACCAAGGCGAACCAAUGAGUAUCGUUGCAAUAAACACAAGGCCGCCUAGCUAUUCAUAUGACCCAUGCAUCAUCGACCUACGUACCCAUAUCAGACACAAGGUUGUUUACCCUUCCAAAUAAUCUCUUGCUAUACCAAUUACUACAAAGAGAAACGCCUGUGCUUGAGCUAAGAGAGGAGCCCUACAGAUGAGAGGUAACACUGUGCUCCACCGCUCGUUACCAAUCGAAAUGGAUCGCGCCGUCAGGGGCAACUUGAACCACUUAUUUCAGGACGAGGAUGCCCAGGCCAAGAUGGUCCGGUUGGGCACCAGCAUCGUAAAACACGCAAUUGAGGAGGGCCUUAAUGGUUACAAAAUUGUUGCGAGAUCACUCCGCUUCUUAAACGGGUCUGAUGAAACAGAAGUGGACGUGAAGGCACUGCGGGCAGAUGUACGCCGGUUGGAGAAAGAGUUCAAGGAAUACAAGAAGGAAGUAGCUGAGCUACAAGUGGAAGUGAAGGCAUUGGCUGCUGAUCAACUCAGAUUGGAGAAACAACUCUGCGAGUAUAGGAUAAAUAAGGCAAGUGCGGAUUUAAAUAUUAGGUCUUGCUUUCUCUAUGUAAUUGUUUUUUCUCUCUGCUUCUGCAUCUCUUUUGGUUGGGAUGCCUAGACUUCGAGAUUUGAUCAUAUGUGCCAAUGUAGUAGUUUAAGUUGUACUUUGUAUUGUUUAAUCCCUUAAAUUGAUGGAAAAAUGAAUCUGCCAAAUUCUAUUAAA